UUCCCCAAACCCAAAAAGAACCCAAAUCUAAAAAAGAGGGGCGGACGCAGAUUGAGAGAGAGAGAGAGAGAGAGAGAGAAUCACAUCGCGAAAUUAAGGAGACUGAUAGGGCUUUGUUUGAUUUUUAAUUACGCUUUCGAUCCAGAAAAACCCUUGCUUCGAUUCAACUGCGCAGAAGCCAAUCCUCGUACUGGGGUGCUGUCGUUUCGAUCUUGUUGUUAUCGACUAAAGCUGACAGCUUUCGAGCACACUGAUAGCUUCUUACAUCCUGUUCGGCUGUUCUGAAUAUGGAAGACCUAAAACCUUCGAAUCCUGCGACUGAAGGUGCUGUUGAUAUUGAAGCACGAUUCACAGACUUCUGCAAGAAUGGGUUAUCGUUGGACGACAACGCAUUUGCACAAGCCAUGAAGCUGUUCAAGGAAAGUAAACCCCUUCUCCUGACGAACAUGUCGGCUAUUGGAAGUGGGAUGCCUGAAGAAGUGGAGCGGUUCUGGUUUGCGUUCAUUUCUUACUCGGUCAAGAGAUUGACUGAGCAAGAUGCAGACGAUGUUAAGCCAGGGUCCGACGAAAAUAGAAUUACUUUGUGCCAGAUAUUAAGAGUCGCAAAACUGAACAUAAUGGAUUUUUUUAAAGAGCUUCCCCAAUUUGUUGUCAAGGUCGGCUCCAUCUUAAGUACCAUGUAUGGGACAGAUUGGGAAAAGAGGCUUGAGGCAAAGGAGCUGCAGACCAAUUUUGUGCACUUGAGAAUUUUAAGCAAGUACUACAAACGUGUCUACCAAGAACUCUUCUUGACAAAUGAUACAAACACUGAUAAGCAGUCAGCUCUUUCCAAUGCUAAUGGCUAUUUAUCUGACUACCAUCGGUUUGGAUGGUUGCUUUUUCUGGCACUUCGCAUCCAUGCAUUCAGUCGUUUUAAAGACUUAGUGACGUGUACAAAUGGUCUGAUAUCUGUAUUGGCAGUCUUGAUUAUUCAUGUUCCUAUUCGCCUAAGAAAUUUUACUAUCAGUGACUCUCCACGAUUUGUCAGGAAAAGUGACAAAGGUGUGGACUUGCUUGCAUCGCUUUGUAACAUUUAUAACACAUCAGAAGACGAAUUGAGGAAGACAAUGGAAAAGGCUAAUGAUUUAAUAGUUGAUAUUUUGAAGAAAAAACCGUGUCUAGCGUCAGAGUGCAAAACUGGAAACCUUGACUAUAUUGAUACAGAUGGUUUAAUUUAUUUUGAGGAUUUAAUGGAGGAAUCAUCUUUAUCAUUGAGCAUAAAUAUUUUAGAAAAGGAUUAUGAUGAUGCAAUUCGUAAUAAGGGUGAACUUGAUGAGAGGGCAUUUGUUAAUGAUGAGGAUAGCUUAUUUGGUUCUGGGAGCUUGUCUGGAGGUUCUGUGCAUUUAAAUGGUGCCAAGAGAAAAACUGAUUGGAUAGCCUCCCCAACAAAGACAAUAACGAGUCCACUCUCUCCUCAUCGUUCUCCUUCAGCAUCUCAGGCUAAUGGCAUUCUUGGUAGUGCAAACCCAAAGAUGGCUCCUACUCCUGUCAGCACGGCAAUGACAACUGCAAAAUGGCUUCGAACUGUUAUUUCUCCCCUUCCAUCAAAACCUUCACCAGCACUGGAAAGAUACCUAUCAUCAUGUGACAGGGAUGUAACUAAUGAUGUGAUACGCAGGGCUCACAUAAUACUUGAGGCCAUAUUUCCUAGUAGUGCCAUACAGAGUGCAAAUCUGAUGGACAACAUAUGGGCAGAACAAAGAAGGAUGGAAGCUCUGAAGUUGUAUUAUAGGGUUCUGGAAGCAAUGUGUAUGGCGGAAGCUCAAAUUUUGCAUGCAAAUAACCUGACCUCUUUAUUAACCAAUGAAAGAUUCCAUAGAUGUAUGCUUGCAUGUUCUGCUGAACUAGUUCUAGCAACACACAAAACUGUGACAAUGUUGUUCCCUGCGGUGUUGGAGAGAACCGGCAUUACAGCUUUUGAUCUUAGCAAGGUUAUAGAAAGUUUCAUUCGGCAUGAAGAAUCUCUUCCAAGAGAAUUGAGGCGACAUCUGAAUUCACUGGAAGAACGACUUCUGGAAAGCAUGGUGUGGGAAAAAGGUUCCUCAAUGUACAAUUCUUUGACAGUUGCUCGACCCGCUCUUUCUGCAGAGAUAAACCGUCUAGCGUUGUUAGCAGAACCGAUGCCGUCUUUGGAUGCAAUUGCAAUGCUUAUGAACAUUUCUUGUGGAGGGUUGCCUCCUGUGCCUCCUUUGCAGAAGCAUGAAGCUUCACCAGGCCAGAAUGGUGAUAUGCGAUCUCCGAAGAGAGUGUGCCUUGAACAUCGAAGUGUUUUGGUAGAGCGCAAUUCUUUUGCGUCUCCUGUAAAAGAUCGCCUUUUGGCCUUUAAUAAUGUCAAGUCAAAGCCACCACCUUUGCAGUCUGCAUUUGCUAGUCCAACACGGCCAAAUCCAGGAGGUGGAGGGGAAACAUGUGCAGAAACUGGGAUCAAUAUAUUUUUUAGUAAGAUUGUAAAGUUAGCUGCUGUCAGAAUCAAUGGCAUGGUUGAAAGGCUUCAACUGUCUCAACAGAUAAGGGAGAAUGUCUACUGUCUUGUUCAACAUAUCCUCAGUCAGCGGACUUCUCUCUUCUUUAACCGCCAUAUUGACCAGAUCAUCCUCGCUUGUUUCUAUGGAGUUGCUAAGAUAUCUCAAAUGAACCUAACAUUCAGAGAAAUCAUCUACAACUAUAGGAAGCAACCGCACUGUAAACCACAAGUUUUUCGUAGUGUGUUUGUUGAUUGGGCAUCAGCAAAUCGCAGUGGGAGAAUUGGGCAGGAGCACAUUGAUAUUAUCUCUUUUUACAACGAAAUAUUUAUUCCUGCUGUAAAGCCUCUGCUGGUGGAGCUUGGACCUGCAGGAACAGUUCAAAAACCUAAUCGAGUUCCAGAAGCUAAUAGUAAUAACGAUGGUCAAUGUCCUGGAUCACCCAAGAUAUCUCCAUUUCCAAGUCUCCCUGAUAUGUCGCCAAAGAAAGUAUCUGCAACACAUAAUGUCUAUGUUUCUCCACUGCGGUCAUCAAAGAUGGAUGCUUUAAUCUCGCAUAGCUCUAAGAGUUAUUAUGCUUGUGUGGGUGAGAGCACUCAUGCUUACCAGAGCCCUUCAAAGGAUCUAACUGCCAUUAAUAACCGUUUGAAUGGAACCCGGAAGCUCAGAGGCACGCUCAACUUUGAUGAUGUUGAUGUUGGAUUGGUUAGCGACUCUCUUGUAGCCAACAGCCUCUACAUUCAAAAUGGGAGUAGUGCAUCCUCAACAGGGGCACCUGUGAAAUCUGAACCAGAAUCCUAGUAUUUUGGCCACAACAUUCCAGUAUGUAAAUUCUAGUUUAAUUCUCUAGUUCUUUUCCAUAUUUAGAUAUAUACUCAGAAGUAGAUAACGGGGGGUUCUUGUAUGAGCGGUGAGUUAUUUGUAGAAUGGCCGCCACCACCUCUUUCAAGUGCCACUGUAUUUUAGAUCCUGAACUUGGAGCUUAUUUAAUAAAUAUCUUCUUGCUAGUGUUUAAGUC